UUAAGAUAACAAUGUCAUUUUUUUAUGUUUGCCAAGAAGUAUUAAAUGAAACGCGCUCCCCGAGCAGCUUGCACUGCAGCGACUCAAGAUCAGUGUUCGCUGAGUGUAGAGUCCAACUGCCUUUAUAGAGAAGCUGGAAGCCGAGUGGUAAAGAUAUUGAAAGCUCUACAAACCCUCAAAGGAACAAUCAAGUUAAUCGAGAUGAGUAAGCAACUGUUGAGUGGUCAUACGUACGAGGAACUAAAGGAAGAGGAGCUCAAGGCCUUGGACUUGGAUCACUUCGACCAUGGUGUGGUUCGCAUUCAGCCUGAGGGUUGGUUGUAUCCUGGCACUGCACCUAUCUACCUUGACAGGCUCUAUAACAUGGAGUUUAGAAGCGACGACGUGAUUGUGAAGACCUUCCCCAAGUGUGGCACCACCUGGAUGCAGGAAAUUGUGUGGACCAUGCUACACAACCCUAACCUGGACAACCCCAAGGGGGACGAGUUUCUGUGGAUCCGUUCCGAAGAUAUAAGCCUUGACAUGAUGUUUGAUUUAAAACUGUUGAAGGGACAGCCUCCAAAUUCUUACCUGAAAAAGUUCAAUGAGGCGUGUCCGGGCAAGAAGUGGGAGGAAGGCUUGUCUCUCCAGCUUGCAGAAGUGGCUAAAAGUCCUCGCGUCUUAAAGAGUCAUUUCUAUCUGAGUCUCUACCCUGAUGACAUCCUUGACAGGAUCAAGGUGGUCUACGUGGCCAGAAAUCCCAAGGACAUGAUCAUCUCCUAUUUCUAUUUCUAUGAAGCACUAAAACCCUUUCCUAUGGUUUCUACCAUGGAAGAUACACAGAAGAGACUGAUAGAUGGACAGAUAUUGUACGGUCAAUAUUGGUCACACGUGAAGCAGGCGUGGCAGAAGAGGCACCACCCUAACCUGCACUUCGUGUUCUACGAAGACAUGAAGGCAGACAUCAUGUCGGAGCUGAGGAAGCUCAACGAGUUCUUAGGAACACAACUGAGUGAGGAGAAGCUUGAGGCCAUAGCGCAAUACACCUCCUUCUCAUCCAUGAAGGCGCGAGGAGAACCUCUACAAGACGAUGUUUUUCACAAAGAAAAUAAGAGAGAUGUUACGUUUUUCCGUAAGGGCAAGACGGGAGACUGGAAGAACCACUUUACGCCAGAACUGCAGAAAAAGAUGGAUCAUUGGAUCAAAGAGAACAUCGCAGACACUGAUCUGAACCUGAAAUGGGCUCUGGCUGAAUGAACCAUACAUUGCGUCAACGUGGUGUUAUAGAAAAAUGAUAUGACAGGUGAAGACACAAGCUCUGUUAAACAUUUGGAGUGUCACUUUAAACCAUUUAAAACAGAUAAGAAAUGUUUCCAUUUAGACACUGUUC